AUGUCAAGGUUAGAGGAAAGAUUACGUCCUGUCAGGCUCCACCGUGUUGUACUGGGUUAUGAUUGUAAUGAGAGUUGGUCUGAUUUUCGUUUUGAGAUCUCUCUCAAUUACAAACUUCCAUCUGUCAUUGCCACUUACAGCAAUAAUAAACCUACUCUUAUUUUUGUUUCAACCCGUAAAAGUGCACAGACAACUGCUUCAGCAUUAAUUCAGCAUGCCCGUUUUGUUAGAGAUGCCCAACAUAAACAGCUGUUGCUGACUGUUGCUAAUUCUCUCAGAGAUAGCAGAUUGAGAGAAUGUGUCAUGUGUGGAGUUGGUUAUCACCAUGCUGGCAUUGAAGUCCAAGAUAGGCGGUAUAUUGAGGAACUUUUCAUUACUGGAGAGUUAUUAGUUUUGGUAGCUACAAGCACCUUGGCUGUUGGUGUCAAUUUACCAGCCCAUCUUGUUAUCAUCAAGAGCACAGCUCAGUAUGUGGGUGGUAGUUAUCAAGAGUACUCUUGUGCUCAGUUACUCCAGAUGACUGGACGUGCUGGUAGGCCGCAGUUUGAUAGUGAAGCAACGGCUGUUAUCAUGACCAAGAAACAGCAUAAGACCAAGUAUGAAAAUCUAGUGAAUGGCAAGGAUGUUUUGGAGUCUUAUCUUCACUUCAAUCUGGUGGAACAUCUUAACGCAGAGAUCGUGCUGGGUACUGUAACGGAUCUUGCUGUUGCUGUGGAAUGGCUUCGAUCCACUUUCUUCUACGUGAGGGUUCAGCACAACCCUCGACAUUACGGCCUCCCUCUCAAUAUGAAACCGUCUCAACUGGAAGCCAAACUUCAAGAAUUAUGUACUCGCGAGGUGAAUGGUCUGUCUCGAGCUGGUCUGAUCGUGCUCGACGAAAUGGACGUCAAACCGACAACACCUGGGAAGCUCAUGGCCAGGUAUUGCGUCACCUUCACCUCCAUGAAAACAUUUUUGGAGCUGCGAGGAGACGAGAGCUUGAAGGAACUGGUCGAGAUAUUAUCAGCUUGCCGUGAAUUCCGGGAUAUUAAGGUUCGGAUGUCUGAAAAGCGGGUCUUGAAUGAAUUGAACAAGAGUUCGAAUUCUUCCGUCCGGUUCCCCAUAAUAGGGAAGAUCAAGACCAGGGAACAGAAGAUAAACUGUCUAAUUCAAGCUGUGUUUGGGAGCCUGAAUAUAGUGGAUCCGGGACUGAAUCAAGAUUCAGCGAAGAUCAUGAGGACUGGGCAGCGGAUUACCAAAUGCCUUACAGAGUACGGGGCGACUCGAAGCGAUUACGAAUUGCAGUUAAAUACGGUGCUGCUGGCGAAGAGUUUCGCUUGCAAAUUGUGGGAGAACUCGAGGCACGUCACCCGUCAGCUGGACAGAAUCGGGCAGACCUUGAGCGCUGCCCUUGUGCAGGCCAAAAUCACAUCUUUUACCGCCCUGGAAGAGACCACGCCGAGGAAUAUAGAGCUGAUCCUCAACCGGCAGCCUCCUUUUGGCAACAGGAUAAGGGAACAGGCAGUGAAGCUUCCGCGGUAUGAACUCAUGCUUGAGCAGUUGAAUGAGGUCAGGGCAACGGAGAGUGACCUUAAAGUGACCAUCAGACUGGCCAAUCACGCCGAAUUAAGGGAGGGCGCUACCACUCCAAAACACCACUCUAGUCGUUUGAUCAUCGGGGACAUGGACAAUCAUGUCGUCUUUCAACAAAGGAUAACUGACAACGCGCUGAUGGUGGCUGGGAGCGUGACAAGAGAGUUGACUGUGACAAGGGCAUCAUCGGGUGAUGAAUUAGCUGUUAAUUUCAUCUCUGAAACGUGGGCUGGGUUAGACGUGCAGAGCAGCUACACUCCCAGGUACCUCACGAAGCCACCUGCUUCAACGCCAAUGUCAUUGUCGUCAUCAGCAUCGUCAGUAGGCGCCUUGCCCUCGGCGACGCCCUUCUCCAACGCUGAGCGUUUCUCAGGAGGCACCGGUACGACCAAAAGGACAACCCUCGAAGAAGGUAGACGCGCCUGUCUACAUACUUGCAAUAAUAAGAGGACGUGCGCUCACAUCUGCUGUAAGAGUGGUGUAACUGUCCAGGCCAGUUGUGGACCAGGAACUCGAAGUACCUCUGGCAACAGCAAGGGAAAUGUACCCGUGUAUGUUCAAGGUAUUCGCCAAAAAGCUAGCCAGAUGCAAGGUCCAGCUCCCAAAAAACUCAGGAUGACAAGCAGUUCAGGAAAUGUGCUGUCAAAGUUCCAGUUCACUCCAAGGGGUCCUAUGUUAAUGCCUAAACCCGCGCCACGGGUCGCUGAAAAGCAAUUUUACAGUGGAACUAGUCAAACUUGUGUGUAUAAGGAGAAUUCAAGCGCCCACAAGCAGCCUGUGGUAGAGGGAUUGUCCCAUAUGCCAGUGAAUCCUGGAGGCAAUGUGGAGGAAUCCGUUGAUAGUUUCCCUGAUAUGGAAGUUUUUAAUGAUUUAGAAGAUGGAGAUAACUAUGAAGAUGCUUUUAAUGACUCUUUGGAGAUGAGCGAAAUUCCUGAUAUUCAAGAUAAGGAUGGCCCACAUUCUUUCAUUUCAUCCAGUCUUUCACAGAAAAGUAGCAUUAGUCAGAGUUCAGGAGUUGGAGUUCCUUCAGCAAACACUGUUAACAGUAACUUCUUCACAAAAGCAAGCACUCUUGGUACCACUUCAAAGCCAUAUCGGCAGCAGCAACAAAGAAAACAACAAAGACUGCAAGAGCAAAAUCAACAAAAGUCUAAAAUGAAAAGUUAUAAUGGUAAUCAAACGAGGCAAGGAGGACAGUUAUCUCUUGACAGAUGGCUCCAAAAUAGUCAGAAUAUUAAAGUGGGAUCCCAAAUAUCCCCAGCAAAGGCUCAAGGUGCAGGUGAAGCACGUACGCCUCUUUUCUGUCAUGUUCAUUCUCUUACCAGAGGUCAAAACUCAUUGAAUACAAAUGCAAAUAUAGCAACAAAUCAAGGUGUUACUCAGUUUAUGACUGGAAAUAAAGAGAUGCCAGUCUCUUCUGCACAAACAUAUGGAAUCAGGACGAAGAAAACGAUAACAUUUGAAGUUCCAUGUCAACAACAAACAAGUGUCUCAAACUCACAGACCUUGCAGAUUCCUAAGGUGUUCAAACAAGGAAAUAUAGGUUUCCAAGCUUCUUGCCCUAGAUUUGGUAUACCUGCCACUCAAGAUACUUUUUUAUCCCAAAACAACUGUAAUAUACCUCUUAGUAACCCGAACUUGAAAGGCACUACUGAAUCAGCUUCCACAAGCGGGGAGCAUCUGGAAAAAGCAUCUAAACCAUUGUCUUCUAGUCCAAAAUUUGGUUUUACUCAAAUGGAAAUGGCAAGAAACGCUACGAUCACUGGAGCCAGCAUUACGCAGACCACCUUUGUUGUACCACCAAGUACAAAUAGCGUCUGCAAUCCCUCAAACUUGAACUCACACAAAUCUCAAAAUGUUAUUGAUAAUCUUCGCAAAACACAAGAUCUUAUUGACAUGCUGAAAACUCAAACUGAAAACUUAGAAGCAUUACAAAAAUCUAUUCAUCUGGAAUAUGGAGGGUCUUCUGCAGAAACAAGGUCACAAAAUUCUUCUGCAAUAGUGCUGCCAGAUCAAAACACUAAAUGUAGUCUUGAUGGAGUUAAUCAGUUCAUGAAAAAGAGUAGUGACAAUAAAUGGGAAAAUCUCCAGUUCAGUAAUAGAGAAGGAAAGAAUACCUCUCAGUAUUCUCAGCAGAGAUCUUUGAAUGCGAGCAAUGAACCUGUUUCUUCUGAAGGCCAAAGGCAGAAGUCAUAUGGAGGUUUUAUAGCAAACUUUGAUAGAGGAAACCAGGUAACUUCAGGUGAACAAAAAUUGAAUUAUUUACCUGCAAAACUUGGUCUCCAUCAUGAUAAACCUGUUAUGGGUGUUAAACCGAUGAUUACAAAAGACAGUCACAUGCCUAGGAGUCAAGCAAGAGGCGCAAAAGAUGUUUUCCCCCAGCUAACUAAACAAUUUAAGUCAUCUGAGCAAUUAAGGGACCAAUGUAAGCCUAGUGGCUCUGCACCAAAAUACCCAGCUAUGUUAAAUGCUAGCUUCAGUGCCAACAAUUUAAGUACUCCGGUGAAGGAAAAAUUGAAGGCUGAAUGGCGUGACCUUGAAAUGUUCCAGUGGUGUCGUCAACAAGAAAAACGCUCACUUAGUAAUCUGUACAAUGAAGCUGUAACAACCAAUUUGCCUGCUACAAGAGAGAUAAAGCAAGAAAUGGGCUGUGAUUUCAAUAAUCAAAAACCUGAUUUAGAUUCCUUGUCUCAAGAUCUGUUUGCUGACUCUCCGCAAGAACCCUUAGAUAAGGAAAGCUCAGCUCAGCUUUAUGAAUCAGAACUCACUGCUCGUCAGGAAGCUUUUGCAUACAGGCAGGGUUCAUUAUAUGGUAGAGGUGAACCAUCAUCUCUUUCCUUAGAACCAGAUCCAUAUUCACAACCUACUGGCCCUAGUCUAUCAUUUCAUCAUGCAAGGGAGAAGUUUUUAAGUAAACAAAUGCAAAAUAGUCACCCAGAAAAGCCUGUGUCUUUUGAUACCUUGUCUGGUUCCCAGUUGCCUAGACCCCUAGCAGAAAAGCGCGAGUUUAAAUCUCCAUUCAAAUACAUGGGGGCAACACUGCCUUCCCAACACCAGCAUGUAUCCUCUCAGCUGUCAAGUCAUCUCCCUCCCAGUAAUGCCUCCCAUCUCUCAAGCUUGGGAAUUUCCAGUCUUCAGUCUCUUCACUCAGGCUCAAGCUCCCAAGCAGGAACUCAGAAUCCAGGAGGUCUGAUGUCUGGGACCCCGCGAUUCCAGUUGACCUAUGGGGAUACUCAGACUGGUGUGGGAGUGACCAGCGUGGGUGGUUUCCAGCAGAAUAUAAACAUCAAUCUGUCCAAUAUCUUGCCUAGUGUUACUCCAGCUCAUAGUAAUGCCACUUCAGCUUUAUCAGAUGCAACGCCAAGAAUUGAACCUCUUCGUGGGAUCUUGAAGAAAACUGCUAACACUGCUGAAACAAAUUCUCAUGAUGCGUGGGAAAAUCGUUCCGACAUAUUCGACGGCCUAAUUUGAUUUGAGCAGAAUUUAGCAACAGUGGGAGAUUCAAUACAUGAUCAAGAAUUAACUCCUAGUUUUAGUAUCGGUCAGAAGAAGUAUAAAAAAAUGAAGAUUUUGUUAAGUAUCUUUUGUUUGCACUUUGAAGUGGUCAGUAUGUGACCAUGAAUAAAUGACAAGUAGGAUUGCUUACUUUAUUUAUUUUAUAUAUUGUUGAUUAAGAGGAUUUUUAUCUGUUAUCAGUAUUUAUUUCGGGCUAAAUGCCUUUAGUAUUUAUUUUUUUAUUAUAUGUUUAGUAUUUAUUUUUAUGUAGGGAUUUGAUUACUUUCUGAUAAGGAUUUUGCUCUUCUUUAUUGACUAAGCUCUGAUUUUCUCAUUGUUCAUAUUUAUUGAUGUACUGCGGUAGAUCUGACUUUGAAUUUACACACACACACACACACACACACACACACACACACACACACACACACACACACACACAUAUAUAUAUAUAUAUAU